AUGUACGUGCUGGCUGGUCAUGUGACCGGUCUCCACCAAUAGGAUGCUCGCAAAUUUCAAAGGAUUUUUCACAACUCAAACAGCCCGUUGGUGGAGUUAGCUGCGUAGCCAUUGCUGUGUAUGUGAUAGUUCGGUCAGUUAAUUUAUAAUCCGAAUUCAUCAUGGGUACAGAUUAUCAUCCAUUGCUAAAAAAUUGUCAGAGACAACCAUCUGUCAUCAGUGAAUGGAGUGAAGCCAAAAUGCAGCAGGUGGACUCAAUACCCCAGAACAACACUAACGCAAUGGGGGGCCGUACGACGGAAGAAGGUGCGGCGGCAAGUAGCGGGGGCGGUGGAGGGGGCGGGGGUGCAGUGGAGGUGAGUGGAGGCGGUGGCUUGGGGAUGGAGAAGUCGAAGGAGCGUCCGGCUGUCUACAUUGAGCCGGUGAACGGGGUGGUGCAGCCGCCGACAAUGCCGCACCCAGACUAUCCCGGUCGCUGCACCAAUCAGCUGCACUUUCUGCAGAAGCACGUGAUGACUGCGCUGUGGAAGCACCAGCACUCGUGGCCCUUCCAGCAGCCUGUCGACGCCAACAAACUCAACCUUCCGGAUUACCAUAAAGUAAUAAGAACUCCAAUGGAUCUUGGUACUGUUAAAAAGCGACUAGAGAACAACUACUACAGGAGUGGUAAAGAAUGUAUUCAUGACUUGAAUACGAUGUUCUCAAACUGCUAUGUGUACAACAACAAGCCUGGCGAGCAUGUAGUUGUUAUGGCUCAAACACUCGAAAAACUCUUCCUCACAAAGGUGGCGCAAAUGCCAAAAGAGGAGGUGGAACUGGAGCCACCACCUCCAAAGGGCCUGAAGCCGAUGAAGAAGAACAAGCCAGGCUUGGGCGGAGUAGGGACUCCGGGAGCGGGAGGUGUCAUGGGGGGCAGCGGGGCUGCAGGUAGACGCAGUGGAGUAGGGGGGCCAGGUUCGGGCAUGCGCGGUCGGCCACCGCUCAACGCCAACAUGUCACCCACUGUCAACUCGACCCCGCACACUCCCCACAUGCCAGCCACGCCAAUUUUGGGCUCAACGGCCACGCCCACUGUGCCCACGCCUACUGUGGCCACGCCCACCGCCCACCACAAUUCGCUGCCGCAGCAGGUGGCCACGCCCACCACCCCCCACUACACUACCAAUCCUCCACUAAUGGGCGGCGGCAAGGGUGUGGCAGAUCCACUUGCCAAACAGAAAAAAGGCGUCAAGAGAAAGGCCGACGCUCCCCCACCCGCCCUCGUCACGACCCCUAUUGCCGUGCCACCACCCCCACUCCAGCUCACCCCCUCGCCCAUCGCUGACCCCUACGGCCUCGACCCCAAGGCGGCCAAGGUGGGCACGCGGCGUGAGUCUGGCCGACAAAUCAAAAAGCCCCAGCGACAGACCAUCGAUGGCCACCUGCCCUACACACCUACCACGCCUACCACCACCACCACCACCACCACCACCAAUGCUACCCAGGCGCAUGACGGCAAAAUGAAAGAGAAGCUUUCCGAAUCAUUACAAGCGUGUAAUGAAAUUCUGAAGGAGCUCUUCUCUAAGAAACAUUCGAGUUAUGCCUGGCCAUUUUAUAAACCAGUAGACGCUGAGUGGUUAGGACUCCACGAUUACCAUGACGUUAUUAAAAAACCCAUGGAUCUUGGAACAGUCAAGCAAAAAAUGGAUAACCGCGAGUAUAGAACGGCCUCAGAAUUUGCGGCCGAUGUGAGAUUAAUAUUUACGAAUUGUUACAAGUACAAUCCACCUGAUCACGAUGUGGUCGGCAUGGGUCACAAGCUACAGGAUGUCUUCGAAACAAGGUUGGCGAAGGUGCCUGACGACCCGCCGGGGCCCGGUCCCAUGGAAAGGUCUUCCUCUGGCACGUCCGGCACCAGCUCCAAUUCCUCCAGCGAGUCAGAGGACUCGGACAAUGAGCGCGCCAGAAAACUUCUUUCCUUACAAGAGCAGCUGAAAGCAAUGCAGGAGCAGAUGCGGAAGCUGGUCGAGGAGAUCCAUUCGAAGAAGAAUAAGAAGGCGAAAAAGGAGAGUGCGGGCGGUGCGGGUGCGGGAGUACCGAACAAGAAGGGCAAGCGGUCGGCAGUGGGCAACGCCAAGGGGGGCACAGCGAUGGGGGUGCCGCCGGCAGCGAUGCCCAUGCACAACGACAUAGGGGGGAUCCCGGUGGGCGCCAACAUGCACCAUGGUGUCGUGCCGGGAGACGCCAAGGUGCCAUUGGACGGGGCGGCGGCACCCGGACAGAUGGCGCCCGUGGCAGGAACACCGACGGCGCCCAAGGCCGGUGGCACCCGAGGUCCCAAGGCGGGCGCCGGUCGCAAGGCGGGUGCUGCCAAUACGCAGACUCCUGCCAAGCGCGCCAAGGCCGCCAACUCCAGGUCGACCAACUCAAAGUCGAAGAAGAACGCGCAUGCGCAUGCCAUGCCGGUCGCCCCUCCCUUCGACUCGGAUGACGAGGACAGCUCCAAGCCCAUGUCCUACGACGAGAAGCGACAGCUCAGUCUCGACAUCAAUAAGUUGCCUGGUGACAAGUUGGGUCGUGUUGUACAUAUAAUCCAGUCACGAGAGCCUUCACUGAGGGACUCGAAUCCGGACGAAAUAGAAAUCGACUUUGAAACCUUGAAGCCUUCAACUCUGAGAGAGUUGGAGUCGUACGUCGCUUCUUGCCUUAGGAAAAAGCCACGUAAGCCUUACUGUAAGUGCUCGUUACGGCUUGCUUGUGGGUGGAGUACGCACAUUCACACACCAUUAUCCCCAACACGACAACCUAAUUAUGGUUUCCAACUUGGACCAUCUAAAGUAGUCUUUUUACUUGGAAGUCCGUCAAGGCUUUCGGCAUCCAGUUCGAGUAGUUCGGAUAGCGAUUCGAGCAGUUCGAGUCUAUCUUCGAGCUCAUCGGAUUCGAGUGACUCGGAAACAGGCAGAUCCGGUCGCCCUCCCAGGAAGAAAUCAAAGAAAUCGUCAAAUCAUGUGUGUGAGACAGUGACAGUGGGGAGCAACGGAGGCGUGAGUGUGGCGCCUGGCCCUGGCAACAUAGUCAACAAGCAGCCGACAGUCGAUCUCAAACCGUUACCACCCACCUUGACCACACCUACCGAGCCAGUAGUGAAAAAACCUCAACCAGUGAUAAGUCACGUGCUGCCGCAACAGCCGGCCCGGCCCACGUCACUGGCGACGGCGGUUGCCGCCCCUGUCAGGAAGCCGCCCCCGCCCCAGCCUCCGCCCCAAGCGCCGGUUGCUGCUCCUCAGCCACCGCCUCCGGCGCCCUUAGUGCAGCAGUCGCCUCCUGAAACCACAAUAGCCGCCGCCCCUCACGUGCUGCCGCCCCCUUCCAUCAUUCAGCAGCCACCUCUCUCCACCCCCAACACCAACGCCAUCAUGUCUCAACCACUCGACUCAAUUGACUCGUUGAUUGACGUGAAGCCGGUGCUGAUGCAGCCAUUGCCGGACAUGAAGCCGCAGCUGCCGCAGUCGCAGCCGCAGCCGCAGCCCAUGCUCCAACAGUUGGCCGCCACCGAUCCGGUCUCCAUUCCCGUGGCGAUGGUGGCGCCGUCACCGGUGCUCGGCCACACGAUGCCACUAAGUGGCGGCCACACGGUGCCACUAAGUGGCGGUGAUCACACAAUGUCACUAAGUAGCGGCCACACGGUGCCAUUAAGUAGCAGCCUUACGGUGCCCGUAAGUGGCGGUCACACGGUGCCACUAAGUGUCGGCCAUACGAUGCCACUUGGUGGCCACACGGCGCCACUAAGUGGCAGCCACCCGUUCGCAGACACACUGCUGCACCAGAUCAAACAGGAGCCAAUGGUGACUCCUUUGCCUUCUGUGUUCGAUCCGCUGCCUGACGAUGAUGACCACAAGGACGUGAAGCCGCUGCUCCCCUCUCUGCCCCCGCAGCCCCCUCAGCAUGCCGACGGUCUGUUGAGUACAACAAUGCCGCUAAAUCAGAUGCCAAUGUCAGCAGUGAUACCAACAUCCGGCACAAUGGUACCAACUACCGAUCUCAACAAGAACUCCACUGCUACCAAUCCAAAUUUCGGGCCUUCUUCCUUCAAGCCUAAGCCUGUAGAACAGAAUGUGAAGAAUGCAAGUUCGUGGUCUUCGUUGGCUCAAUCUCCGCCCCCCGCAGCGGUGGUCACUGCCCCUCAACCCGCCGCUUCUUUGAAAUCAUCAAUGGCCGACAGCUUUCUGGCAUUCAAGAAGCAAGCUAAAGAAAAUGCCAAGAAGCAACGGGCUUUAAUAGAACAACAAGAAAUGAGAAGAGUUCAAAAGGAGCAGGCAGAGAGAGAAAGGAUGAGGAUAGAAAACGAGAAGAGGCGAGAAAGAGAAGAAGAGGAGGCACUCGAAAAAGCUAGGAAAGCAGCCGCUGAAUUAUCGCGGAUAGAGGAUGUGAAGGCUUCAUCAAACACAGAAGACAGUUCGAGCCCCGGACAUUCGAAUUCGGACAAGGCUGCGGCGGAAAGAGAGAGACAGAGGCUUAGAGAGCAGGAGAGGAGGAGAAGAGAGGCGCUGGCUGGACAAAUCGAUAUGAACAUGCAAAGUGACGUGAUGGCCGCAUUUGAAGAGUCAUUAUAAUGAAUUUCAUAGUUGAAUUAUUUGUUGAUUGUAAAUUAUGGUUUGCUAUUACUUAUAUAAAUAUUAAACCUCGAAAAGACUCGUGUAAAAAAUUAAAAACAAACUUGAAAAGUGUGAGUGACUUAUGAAAUUGUGUAUAUUGUUUUGUGCUUGGAAGAACUACCGUAAAAACUAUAUUGAAGUCUCAGGUAAAGAACCUGUAAGUCAUUGUAAUAUCUUUGUUAUUAAUAUAUUUAUAAGGAUAGCUAGUUAAUUUAAUACAUUCAAUUCGAAUUUAUUUUAAAAUUUUUGAUUUUUCCUGAUGUAGAAAUGUAGAUUUAAAGUACAACAUCGGCUUAGAAUAAUAUUGUAAUUAUCGAUAGUUGCGAAAAGUUGUUUAUUUAAUAGAAAAUAUCGAAAAAGCAAUUAAAUCUUCAAGUGUCUUCAGUUUUAUCAGAACUGUUCGGUUUGUGACUUAUCGAAUUUCACUGCAAAACAAUUUGAAGAAAUAUACUAAAUCUCUGUGUCUUGUUCAUUCGAUAUUUGCAGUGUUUGAAUAUAUCUGACAAAAAAGUGUUCAUUUUCUAUUAUCAAUACAUUUAUGAAUAAAUCUUACAUGUAACUAUAACACUGAUCAUUGUAAAUAUUCGUGCCAUAUUCUUAUGGCAUAAUCUGGUAGUUAAUUAUACCAUGCUGUAUACUCAUAUUGACAUAAAUUGAGCGCAAUUUUUACCAGACAAACGAAACUGAUUCACGGAAAUCAUUUUAACAUCUUCAAUCAUUGUAGGUAUUUUUAUUUUCUAGUUGACAUUUUCACUUAGUCACUGAAAAUAUAUCUCCAAUCCCAGUUUUGAUUAUAUUUUUAAAAUGUCCAGAACUUUGGAUGUGAAUUAUUACUCAUUUUUUUCUAUCAAGACAUGGGCAUUAAUUUAUCGAUUUCAUAAAUUGAUUCAUUAAAUAAUAACAGGGACAUAAAUCUCAUUUUUGAGGUUAGAUAGGUCUAGAAACAAUAUGUGACAAUAUUAUUGUCUUCAUUUUUUAAGAUGUUACUAUAAUUAUUAUGAAAGAGAGUUCUCUAAAAACUUGAAAAAAGAAUAUUCAUAUUCUAUUUUUUAUUCAGAUUAAAUCUCUCAAUUCAUCACAAGGAGUUGGUUAUUUAUCAUUAGAAAUUCGAUUUUGAUCAUUUGAACUAUUUAUUAAAGAUUGGAGUUGGAAAAUCCAUUAUUUUGCUUAGUUUAGCCUAUAAUUUAUGCUAUUACAUAGGCCUAUUUGGUAAAAAAUUAAUUUUAUUAGAUUAUUAUAAAUCCUAUUUAUUAGUGACUUACCUAAAAAAUUAAAUUUUAAAUUUCAGUUUUGGGCAUAAGUAGCAUUAAUUAGGUUUUUUUUCAAAAAGUAAAAGUAAUUCGUUUUAAUUUCAAGUUUCAUGGACUACUGCUUCACAUUCUUAAAAAAUUUAAAUAAGUCUUCCUAUUUGACUUGUUACCUUAAAAAAUCUCCUUUAUUCUUGUUAUACAAUGCAUAGUUAAUUCUAACAAAGCUUGAAACAUGUAAUCUACAAUUGCAAAAUUUAUUCAAUGGUAAUUUUUGAUAAAUUAAUAUGAUAACGAAUUAUUUCUAAUUGUGAUCCUUUUCAACCUUUUCUUCGUCCUUUUCAAGAUGAAUCUUGAAUCAAGUGGACAUUUUCAAUUUUAACUGAGAAUGAAUUUCCCUAAUGCGUUCUUUGUUAAAAAAUUACCUU